AUGGUACAACAAGCUCAAACCCUGCAAGACAAUUGUGAAGCUUGCCAAGGAGCCCCAGUACACGAGGAAUCCUUUAUUGUUGACGGGGAAGACUGGCGAUCCCCAUAUAUUGAGUAUCUGACUGAAGGGACUCUUCCAUACGAUAAGAAAGCAGCUAAGAAACUGGAAAAGAGAUCCCGAAAAUUCUUUGUCAUAGACGGGGAACUAUUUCGCCGCUGCUUCAACCAAAAGACAUUAAAAUGUGUAGAUCAAGCCAGCGCCACCCGCAUUAUGGAAGUAAGUCAUGACGGGGAACACCAAGGAAAGGCACGGAUUUUUAUCCAAAUCCACGAUGUUGGUGAUGUAACAAAACUUCUAGGAGCCUUCCGAAAUAAGCAAAAGGUAUCAACUCCCUACUAUCCACAAGGGAACGGGCAAGCAGAAUCUACCAACAAGUCACCACUCAGAAUCUUGAGAAGAAGCCUCUACGACAACAAAAGAGCAUGUCAUGAAGAACUCCCACUUGCCUUGAUGGCAUACCGAAUCGCCAAACGAACAUCGACAGGGUCAUCUCCAUACAUCUUGGUAUACGGAGAAGAUGCCAUCAUACCCGCCGAAGUGAUCAUAGCUUCGGAAAGAAUCCUAUCAGCAAGCGGGGUCGACCUCGACAGUCGGCGGUUUCGUUCUCUAGACAUGAUUGAUGAACGACGGGAUAUUUCCGAACACAAGAAUAAGCAGUAUCGUGAUCGACAGGAAAGAUUCUACAAUCAACAUGUCAAAGAAAGACACUUUGAAAAGGGAGAACUUGUACUUGAUGUUGCCCCACAUGUCCAAAGGGAAGGUAGUGCAGGCAAGUUUGCCCCGAACUGGGAGGGACCUUUCCGCAUACGCAAAGUCGGGGGAUCCGGAUACUACAAACUCGAACAUGCCGACGGCACCAAAAUUAAAGGAAAACGAAACUCCAAGGUCAAUGGAACCUGGUUAAAGAAGUUCUACGCCUAA